UAAUUCCAACCGAAUGGAAUUUUUCAACAAUUUUAAUCCAGAACAACGCGAAAAUUCGCAAAACUGAUUAGAGAGCAGGGACGCCGACAUGCAACAGGUCACGUAAGCCCGACAAAGACAAAGUUCUAAUCUGAAGAUUAGAAGUAGGUAAUCAGUUUUCGCGUUAUUAUAUUACCUUUUAAUAAACGUUCGAGGCGCCGCGGCCGUCGCGUCGAAAGAAAGUCCAGAAGUGAUCGUGUGCGAAACCGAUGCGGAGGCGAUCGCUCGGUGAGUUUCAAUUUCGCUUUUAAUUUUCGUUUUAUCUAACUGAGUCAAUGACAUGACACGCGUAGUUCAAGUUUAAUUAGUCCCGGCUCGGUUCUUGCUUACGGCUUGCUUAACGGGAUAUGUUUAAACGCGUGCUAAAGCUAUUAGAACUUCUUCUAAAUUUUUUUGAUAACUCUAAUUAUGGAUGUGUUUUACUGAACGAACCAGGCGUUAUGUGGUUAAUUAUGUUAUCAGUGGCGUGGUUAGCGGGAGCGACAUCAGGGAUACCUUGCGAAGAAGCUAGAUUGAAGUGCGCCUAUCGAGUGGGAUGCGGCAUGGCCCUUCAAAAUUACUUAGUGGGAUGUUCGGCUGUGCUCCAGGGCGAACAAUUUCCUAAACAUUGCCCGGAAAUUUGCCAAUACUCCCUCACGGCUCUAACUUCUACAGAGGAAGGAAAAGAACUCAUGAACUGCGAAUGCAGCGACGCUUACUGCGAGGAUCAGAAGCAACGGACCGACGUCUGCAGACCAGCGGUGAUACGUUCCAUGAACGCGGCCGUGGUGCCGUGCCGAGUGGCCCAAUGGAUUUGCAUGGCCGACAGCAUAUGCUCCAAGGCGCUGGAAUACUACAACGACUACUGCAAGGCCAUGUUCCACGGGAAGAAGUGCACGCCGAGGUGCAACAAUUCCAUCAACAUCCUGAGGAGGCAGGAGAAGGCGACCAAACUGAAGAGCUGCAAAUGCGACGGUUUCGAAGAUUACGAUUGCCACGAGAUUCAACGGAAUAUGGAUAAGUUGUGCUUCCACAAGCAUUCGAGGCACCACAAUCGAACGCAUCAUUAUAAGGAGGAAGAGCACGUUCACACGGUGCAUAAAGAGCAGGAAAUUCCAUCAGUGGUUGUCAUCGGUAAUGGGUUCAGAACCACCCUAAAUUGGGCUGUUUUGAUAUUCCUAAAUUGGGUCGCAUUGAUGACAUGAUACCGGCGUUUAUAUUAACUCAGUUAUCUUUUGAAUCUACCUCUUUAGCUACUUAAAAUAUUUAUUUAUUGAUUGUGAUACUAAAGCUAUGGAUAAAUCUAUUAUCGACGAAUUUUUCUGAGAAAAAAGUGGACUAAACUCCGAUUAAUCAUCGAGCUGUUUCAGUUAAUAAUUCAAUUUUUAGGAAAUUUACGAAACUUGCCCUAAAUAAAUUCGAUAUUAAAUCGUGAAUUAUAGUUUUAGUAUGAGCAAUAAAACUAACUAUAACGUACAUAAUGAAUGCCGAACGAUUGGAUUGAUUCGAUUAUUGAAAGUUCCUACGUAGAAAAACUUAUUAAAAUUGACGUAGGAAAUAAUUGAAACGCACGAAUGGGUACUUAAUUUUUUUAUCAUUUAUUUCCUUAUGGGUCAAUUACGCAACGAAUCCUACCACUCCGGAGGAACGUAUUAUGUACAAUGUAAAUAAAAAGUUAUAUUUUAUUAUUGGAGACAAAAUUUACCAGUGAUUAUUUAAAUUAAUGUUAAUGCCAAAAAGCCUGACAUUAUAAAAGUAUAACCAAAGAAGGCUUGCAGCUGUAUAUAGCUUUAAAUUAUUUAACGAAACGAGGCUCUAUACAUUAUGCCGGCACUUCUUCUGUACAUAUAGUAAUUAUAAUUAUUUUGUUACCGAUUCAUUUACCAAGGUUUGUUCCAACAAAAGUACAAAACUUUUGCGCAAAGCCAUUCUUAGAUUCAACAGACUUUAAGCAAGCGCAGAAAAGCUCAUAUUAGUUGAAAAUUUUUGUUGGAAUAAACUUCAGAUAACUAUUAAAAAAUUGAAUUUUUAUACUGCGAGCAAACUUAACACUGCCCAAAAAUUUUUUCGUAAAAUCUAGUGUCACUGAGUAGGUAAUUCCUAUUAAAGAAAUACUAAAAAUAAAAAUUUCUAAUAAUU